AUGCUUCCUCCUCUACCGGUCCUUAGCGACUACGGAAUUUCACCAGAUUAUGGUUUCCUUCCGCCAGAAUUGCCUCUUGAAAGGCUUCCGGAUCCUUACUACAACAAAUGGGAAGCCGUUGUAGCAAACCUACAAGGCUUGAUUCUUAGCAAACGCUUGCGCGGAGUCAUUGAAGGUCUCCCUGUCCUCUCCACUGCCGGUCUGGAACACGAUUCCGAAUGGAGACGGGCAUACUCCUUAUUAUGCUUCAUGGCACAUGGCUACAUCUGGGGCGGUGAUAGUCCUUCAGAGCGCCUGCCAUCCGCAAUUUCAGUCCCGCUGCUCCAUAUUUCGGACUACCUCGAAGUACUUCCAGUCGCUACGUAUGCUGCCGUAUGCCUCUGGAACUUCAAGCCUUUGUUCGAAGAUGAGCACGUUGACAACCUCGAAAAUCUUGCCACCCUCACUACGUUCACAGGGUCCAUUGACGAGUCGUGGUUCUAUUUGGUAUCUGUCGCUAUUGAAGCCAGAGGAGCGCCCAUGCUUCCCCUCAUGCUCACUGCUAUCGAAGCCGCUAGGAUCAACGACAGCGCUAUCGUGACUGUUUGUCUUCGAAGAUUUGCCGAAAGGCUUGAUGAUCUCGGCAGCCUCUUGCAACGUAUUCAUGAAGGUUGUGACCCCCAAGUGUUUUACCAUCGCAUCCGACCGUUCCUUGCUGGAAGCAAGAACAUGGCCGAAGCCGGGUUGCCCAAUGGUAUGCUCUAUGAGGAUGGUACUGGAACUGAGCAGUUCAGGCAGUACAGUGGUGGAAGCAACGCGCAAAGUUCCAUCAUUCAGUUCUUCGACAUCGCUCUUGGCAUUGAACAUCGUCCGACUGGUGAAAAGAAGGACAUUUCUUCUGAGAGCGAGCUCGAGGGAACGGCACCCCCAUCCAAGCACAAUUUCCUGCUUGAAAUGCGAAAAUACAUGCCUGGUCCCCACCGACGAUUUUUGGAAGAUUUCACUAUGGUGGCAAAUAUUCGUGAUUAUGUUCAGGCCAACCAGGGCAACUUUGAAUUGACAGCAGCCUACGACGCUUGUCUUGCCAUGUUGCGUGCCUUUCGCGACAAGCAUAUCACCGUCGUCACUCGAUACAUUGUGAUGAAGACACGAGAGUCGAGAUCUCACUCGCGCUCCAAGAGCCCCGAGGUUACACUUCGCAAGGUAAACAUCGCUACUGCCUCGCGCCAGGAUACAGAUGAUUACUCUGGCAAGAAGAAGCUCAAGGGAACAGGUGGUACAGCGCUACUUCCCUUCUUGAAGCAGGCACGUGACGAGACCGGCGAGCCUAUUUUGAAUCAGUGGGCGAAGCGUGUGGCUAGUCGCGAGUUUAGAACCAAAGGUCGGGGUGAUUUUUUCUUAGGAAAACUCGAUGAACAUCCAGAGGAGGAAAUUGACUGUGGAUUGGCAGGCACAUGGACCAUUGAUGAUAGUGCUGGUGGGAUUUGCCACUACUGA